AUGGAUUACACCCUGGAGCCAAAUGUGUCCGUGACCACAGAAGACUAUUAUCCAGAAAUGUUGGCAAGCCCCUGCAAUACUGCAUUCACCCAGAAAUCCAGCUCCCUGCUUCUUGCCCUGCUCUACUGCCUACUCUUUGGCUUUGGCCUGCUGGGGAAUGUCCUGGUCAUUCUGGUUCUGGUAGCCUGUAAGAAGCUGAGAAGCAUGACUGAUGUGUACCUGCUGAACCUGGCCAUCUCUGACCUGCUCUUCGUCUUCUCCUUCCCCUUCCUGACACACUACACUCUGGACCAGUGGGUCUUUGGGAACAUCAUGUGUAAGAUCAUCUCAGGGAUUUAUUACAUCGGCUUCUUCAGUAGCAUCUUUUUCAUCACCAUCAUGAGCAUGGACAGGUACCUGGCCAUUGUCCAUGCAGUCUAUGCCUUGAAGGUGAGGACAACCAGGAAGGGCAUGGCAGUCAGCCUCCUGGUGUGGUUGAUGGCCAUUUUAGCCUCUGUCCCUUUGCUGGUGUUUUACCAAGUAUCUUCUGAGGAGGGCACCCUCAAGUGCUACUCCUUCUAUGAUGACAGAGCUAUUGAGUGGAAACUCAUCACCCACUUUGAAAUCAACAUCCUGGGCCUUGUCAUCCCUCUCAGCAUCCUUGUUUUCUGUUAUGCCAACAUCCUCAGGCACCUGAAAGGAUGUCAGAACCACCACAAGAUCAAGGCCAUCAGACUGGUCCUUGUUGUAGUGGUGGCAUUUUUCCUCUUCUGGGUUCCCUUUAAUAUGAUGCUCUUCCUGAAUUCUCUGCACAACCUACAUAUCCUGGACGGGUGUGACCUAAGUCAGAAACUUACCCAGGCCACCCAGAUAACCGAGGUCAUCUCCUUCACCCACUGCUGUGUCAACCCUGUCAUUUAUGCUUUUGUGGGGGAAAAGUUCAAGAACCACCUCUCGGAAAUCUUUCGCAAAUACAAAGGGUAUUUCUGGCUAGGCAAAGAACACAUGGACAGAACAUCUGGGCAUCUGUUCUCAUCACGUUCCUUCAGCACUGACUAUAUCUUAUGA